GAUGAGAAGGCUAUAAAACCUCCCCUGAGUCACUCACAGUUCAUUUGAGGGCCAAGAACGCCCCCAAAAUCUGUUUCUAAUUUUACAGAAAUCUUUUGAAACUUGGCACGGUAUUCAAAAGUCCGUGGAAAGAAAAAAACCUUGUCCUGGCUUCAGCUUCCAACUACAAAGACAGACUUGGUCCUUUUCAACGGUUUUCACAGAUCCAGUGACCCACGCUCUGAAGCAGAAUUAGCUAACUUUCAAAAACAUCUGGAAAAAUGAAGACUUGGGUAAAAAUCGUAUUUGGAGUUGCCACCUCUGCUGUGCUUGCCUUAUUGGUGAUGUGCAUUGUCUUACGCCCUUCAAGAGUUCAUAACUCUGAAGAAAAUACAAUGAGAGCACUCACACUGAAGGAUAUUUUAAAUGGGACAUUUUCUUAUAAAACAUUUUUUCCAAACUGGAUUUCAGAGAAAACAAAAUUGUGUUCCUAAGCACCCUGAAUCAGCUAAAAUAGGGCUGCUGUUUGCAAAUGUGGCAUCUUCGUGUGAAGUAGAAGAAAGCAUUCUACCUUCUUCCUUCUACCACCAACCUACGAUUUUACAUCUCACAAAGCAAUGUGUACUGGACAGAGAGGAAAAACAAAGACAAGAAUAUCUUCAUCAAUCUGCAGAUAACAAUAUAGUACUUUAUAAUAUUGAAACAGGACAAUCAUAUACCAUUUUGAGUAACAGAACCAUGAAAAGUGUGAAUGCUUCAAAUUAUGGCUUAUCACCUGAUCGGCAAUUUGUAUAUCUAGAAAGUGAUUAUUCAAAGCUUUGGAGAUACUCUUACACAGCAACAUAUUACAUCUAUGACCUUAGCAAUGGAGAAUUUGUAAGAGGAAAUGAGCUUCCUCGUCCAAUUCAGUAUUUAUGCUGGUCGCCUGUUGGGAGUAAAUUAGCAUAUGUCUAUCAAAACAAUAUCUAUUUGAAACAAAGUCCAGGAGAUCCACCUUUUCAAAUAACAUUUAAUGGAAGAGAAAAUAAAAUAUUUAAUGGAAUCCCAGACUGGGUUUAUGAAGAGGAAAUGCUUGCUACAAAAUAUGCUCUCUGGUGGUCUCCUAAUGGAAAAUUUUUGGCAUAUGCGGAAUUUAAUGAUACAGAUAUACCAGUUAUUGCCUAUUCCUAUUAUGGCGAUGAACAAUAUCCCAGAACAAUAAAUAUUCCAUACCCAAAGGCCGGAGCUAAGAAUCCUUUUGUUCGGAUAUUUAUUAUCGAUACCACUUACCCUGCGUAUGUAGGUCCCCAGGAAGUGCCUGUUCCAGCAAUGAUAGCCUCAAGUGAUUAUUAUUUCAGUUGGCUCACGUGGGUUACUGAUGAACGAGUAUGUUUGCAGUGGCUAAAAAGAGUCCAGAAUGUUUCGGUCUUGUCUAUAUGUGAUUUCAGGGAAGACUGGCAGACAUGGGAUUGUCCAAAGACCCAGGAGCAUAUAGAAGAAAGCAGAACUGGAUGGGCUGGUGGAUUCUUUGUUUCAACACCAGUUUUCAGCUAUGAUGCCAUUUCAUACUACAAAAUAUUUAGUGACAAGGAUGGCUACAAACAUAUUCACUAUAUCAAAGACACUGUGGAAAAUGCUAUUCAAAUUACAAGUGGCAAGUGGGAGGCCAUAAAUAUAUUCAGAGUAACACAGGAUUCACUAUUUUAUUCUAGCAAUGAAUUUGAAGAUUACCCUGGAAGAAGAAACAUCUACAGAAUUAGCAUUGGAAGCUAUCCUCCAAGCAAGAAGUGUGUUACUUGCCAUCUAAGGAAAGAAAGGUGCCAAUAUUACACAGCAAGUUUCAGCGACUACGCCAAGUACUAUGCACUUGUCUGCUAUGGCCCAGGCAUCCCCAUUUCCACCCUUCAUGACGGACGCACUGAUCAAGAAAUUAAAAUCCUGGAAGAAAACAAGGAAUUGGAAAAUGCUUUGAAAAAUAUCCAGCUGCCUAAAGAGGAAAUUAAGAAACUUGAAGUAGAUGAAAUUACUUUAUGGUACAAGAUGAUUCUUCCUCCUCAAUUUGACAGAUCAAAGAAGUAUCCCUUGCUAAUUCAAGUGUAUGGUGGUCCCUGCAGUCAGAGUGUAAGGUCUGUAUUUGCUGUUAAUUGGAUAUCUUAUCUUGCAAGUAAGGAAGGGAUGGUCAUUGCCUUGGUGGAUGGUCGAGGAACAGCUUUCCAAGGUGACAAACUCCUGUAUGCAGUGUAUCGAAAGCUGGGUGUUUAUGAAGUUGAAGACCAGAUUACAGCUGUCAGAAAAUUCAUAGAAAUGGGUUUCAUUGAUGAAAAAAGAAUAGCCAUAUGGGGCUGGGAAGAAGUAUAAGGUUUUUAAAGACACCGAUGACUUUUCCUCCUUUGAGCUGCUGUGUCAGAAAUCCUUAAAACAGAACAUGUACCACUACGUCAUAGACAAACUAUGGCCGUGUCUUAAAUUAUCCAAAAAGUUCUUAUGGCCUUCCUUUGGUAUUCUGUUGUGAAAAUAAAUAAGUAAAUACAUAGAUACAUGUUCUGCCUCACAGGACUUUUGCAAACUGCAAGGAUGUAUCUUACAUUUAAAUUUUGGUAAUUUUUUUUUCUGUGCAUCUCUUUCAAGUCAUCUCUUUCAAGUAAAAUCCUGUUUUUGUUCCAGCACAGUCCUAGUUGGAAAGAUAUAGAGAAAAAAAGGAGAAGUUUUUUGCAAAAAAGAAAUUGAAAUUCUAUCUCUUAAACUGCUCUUACCAUGUUUUAAGAGGGUCUGUUCUGAUCAGCACACCAAGUAUUUCUAAUGCAUUAGGGAUGAAACGAUCAUUAUGUCUGGUCAUUUAUCUGGAGCUUGCUGCUGAGGAUGCAAGAUAGACGUGUAAUCCACCCUUAGCCACAUUCUCCAGCUCCCUUCGGUCCGGAUUGUGAGUAGAGUUGCUAUAAACACAUGGAGGAAAGCUCAUGAAAGUAAAUCUGAGUCUGACUCAUAACAAUGUCUCUACAGUCCUAUGGAGGAUACGUUUCAUCACUGGCCCUUGCAUCUGGAACUGGUCUUUUCAAAUGUGGGAUAGCAGUGGCUCCAGUCUCCAGCUGGGAAU